ACCAUGGACUAUCGACAGAAGUUGAGACAGGCAGUCUGGAGUAAAUCUGAACCACGAUGGACGCAAUAACCCGUUGUCUCGUGUUAAUAGUCCUGUUCUUUGGGACUAGGAUUCCAGAAAAUUAUGCCUUGCAGUGUUACUGCCAGCGAUGUCUCAACUCCACGUGCACCACGGACGGCCUGUGCUUCGUGUCCGUCAGGAAGUCUGGCAGCAGCAUCACCGCCGAGAGCAGCAUGUGUGUCCCAGAGAACGAGCUAAUCCCGCGUGACCGCCCCUUCAUCUGCGCACCCUCCACCAAGGACGACACUGGCAUCUACCCCAUGUGCUGCGCCACCGACUGGUGCAACAAGAACCCCGACCUCAGCGUCUUCCCAGUGCCAACGGUGAAGCCGGUUCCCCUGGGGCCUGUGGCGCUGGCAGCGGUCAUUGCGGGGCCUGUGUGCGUACUGUGCUUCGUGCUGAUGCUGGUCUUCUACAUCUGCCACAGCCGCGCGGGCGUCCACCACCGCGUACCCAACGAGGAGGACCCCUCCAUGAACCACCCCUUCCUCAAUGUGGGCUCCACUCUCCAAGACCUCAUCUACGACAUGACCACCUCUGGCUCCGGCUCUGGUCUGCCCCUGCUGGUUCAGAGGACCAUAGCCCGGACCAUCAUCCUCCAGGAGAGCAUCGGGAAGGGCCGCUUCGGCGAGGUGUGGCGGGGGAAGUGGCGAGACGAAGAGGUGGCGGUCAAGAUCUUCUCGUCCCGUGAGGAGCGCUCGUGGUUCCGCGAGGCUGAGAUCUACCAGACAGUCAUGCUGCGUCACGAGAACAUCCUGGGCUUCAUCGCUGCCGACAACAAAGAUAAUGGGACAUGGACCCAGCUGUGGCUGGUAUCAGACUACCAUGAGCAUGGCUCUUUGUUUGACUACCUGAACCGCUACACCGUCACCGUGGAGGGCAUGAUCAAACUUUCCCUGUCCACUGCCAGCGGCCUGGCCCACCUCCACAUGGAGAUCGUUGGCACGCAAGGGAAGCCGGCCAUCGCCCACCGGGACCUGAAAUCUAAGAACAUCCUGGUGAAGAAGAGCGGGACGUGCUGCAUCGCUGACCUGGGCCUGGCUGUGCGCCACGACUCCGCGACUGACACCAUCGACAUCGCCCCCAACCACAGAGUAGGAACCAAAAGGUAUAUGGCACCAGAGGUGCUAGACGACUCGAUAAACAUGAAGCAUUUUGAGUCAUUUAAGAGGGCAGAUAUCUACGCCAUGGGCUUGGUUUUCUGGGAGAUAGCCAGUAGAUGCUCUCUAGCAGGCAUCGUUGAAGACUACCAGCUGCCAUACCAUGACUUGGUGCAGUCAGACCCUUCUGUAGAGGAGAUGAGGAGGGUGGUGUGUGAGCAGAAGCUACGGCCCAACAUUCCAAACCGUUGGCAGAGCUGUGAGGCUCUGCGGGUAAUGGCUAAGAUCAUGAGGGAAUGCUGGUAUGCCAACGGAGCCGCCCGCCUCACUGCGCUACGCAUCAAGAAGACUCUUUCCCAGCUCAGCCAAUCAGAGGGCAUCAAGAUGUAGACACACUUUCUCUUAUUAUAUUAUUCAUAAUCUUAUUAUUUUAUUAUUACCAUCAUUAGUUCUCGCCCCGCUGUUCCUCCUCUUGGUUUGAAAGGAGAGGCUGCUCGGUGAAGUUUUACUCUGAUAUCCCCCAACCACUCCCUAAAUGCCGGCAUCGUUUCCUCGUCGCCCCACCGACCGGCGCGUGGAUCUAUUUCCUGUGUCACGGAGGUGAUGGAUGGAUCUGGUGGAGGGAUGUUUGCCAGUGCAAACCCCACCCCCCCUGUCCUCAAGAUUGGUGGGAUCACUUCCUCCAGUGCUCUUGAAUUACCUAUCAGGGUGAUUACAGACCGACGUAGUCCCACCCUGCCACAGACCCAUCUCUCAAUACUGUUCUGCGGAAACCAGAGGAAAGGAAACAACGACCCAUAAGAAAAACCCUAAAGUUGCAUGACUGCUGGUCAUAACAUUCAGGUGACAAUGCCUCCAUUCCAACAACAAAUGUUCUGCCACUGGGCGAGGUAGCUUGGAAUCGACGAGAACCACCCCAAAAAAAGACUGAACAAACUAUAGUUUGUUUAUUUUUUUACCAUCUGGUACUUAAAAACGAGCAUAUUAAUUGAGUUAUUAUUUGUGUUUUUUUCCAUGGAGAGAUGCUGGUGUGCUGUUGGACUCAUCGCUCCAGAAAAUGUUGCAUCUUUUUUUAGUAUUUCUUUCUCUUCUCCCUAUGUACAGGGGGUCUACAGGUCAGUUUAACUUAUUGGUUUUUGUUUGCAAACAGAAUGGACAUGAGCUCAUUCAGUCUUGGCCAACAUGCUAUGGCAUAUGCAAUAUAGAUAAAAUGUAUCUAUUUUAUAUACUCUGCUCUGCUACUACUAUGACAACAACAGCUCGACAGUCGCCAUCAUGCCUUCCGAGCCAGGUGAUAACCUGAAAGUGCCACUGCUUUAAACCUACCCCCCUUCUUCCCCUCUCAUGUCAGUUACUGUGUGAGGGUGGAUGGAUGGGUGGGUUGGUGUGGUUGGGUGUGUAAGAUCACAUGGAGACUUGACAGACGCCCUCCCAGAGCUGUAGGAGCAGCAGGGAGUGUUCCUCCUCCUAUGCAUAUGAAAGGACACAUGUGGCCUCGCCACACUGCCAGGGGCAGCCACAAUACCGCCUCUCUGGUGCCAUCUACCCACCCCCCUCUCCCCCCCGCUGCCAGCCACCCUCAUCAAAACAGCAACAAGGGAUGUAUUUUUACCCUCUCGCUCUCUCGCUCUCUGCUGUAUGGGAGAGCUCUCUGGACUAUAGAAACUGAAUACCAGACUGAUAGUGGGGCUAGUACCCACAGGACUACACAGGUCACCUCCAAAGUGGCUUUAAGGAGAAAGAAAAAACAGCGCAAGCAUUAUUGAAGUUGCCCUAUAAACAUGCAUUGUUGGAUUCUACUUUUUUGGGGGGUUGUUUCAGAGUGUGUGACGGCACACAUUUAUUGUUUUAAAUGUCUCUUUAAAGAAAAACAAGGUGAAGUACAUUCAUUUAAAUAUAGCAAAUGGAUAUUUACUAAGCCAUAGGUUUUCCCUUUUUUUGUGCAACUUUUUCUACUACUACAAGAAUGUACAUUUACGGAUAAAAUUGAUCUGUAACAUUUAUGUAAACUGCUUCACAUUUCAGCUUAGCAAAUCUUAAGGGACCAAUGCAGAGAGGCAGGAUUACUUUUGUUUUGUGAAAAGUAAGAUGAUAGAUAAUAACUAUUACAAAGUAGGGUCAAUAUUCUAUAUAAAGAAAAAAAGUAAAUAUCGCACCAGAUUUAAAGUUGCAAUAUGUAACUUUUUGGGCGACCCGUCAAAAUUCAUAUAGAAAUGUGAAUUAUAGAUCUGUCAUUCUCAUUUGAAAGCAAGUCUAAGAAUCGGUAGAUCUGUUCUAUGUGUUAUUUCUGUGCUUCCUGUUUUUAAGUUUCGUUUUUGCUUUACUUUUGGUUUUGUGCACCAGCUUCAAACAGCCGAAAAUAUACUAUUUUUGGUUAUGGAAAAUUUCAGUGGUUUUGUUACAAUGAUUCUCUAAACUAUACUUGCUUGUUUGGUCACACAAACUAAAAUUAGGCUAACUAUUAGAAUUUUAGCAUCCAGGAAGUGGCAGAGUGGUUUCUGCAUAGUGCAUCUUUAACAAUUGUAUGUUUUUGUUUGUAUUGUAAGGUGCCCUAUUGCCACACACCUAAACCUGCAAGCUGCAUAUUUAUACCAAUUUGGAUAGUGCUCGUUUUGGUAUGUUCAGUUUCCACAGUCUUGAUGUCACUGCAGCUUAUUGCUCUAUUUCAGCAUACUAAGCAAAACCUCAUAUUGGAGCAUGUGUGAAAAAAGUAUAAUAUUUUUUUAAAUGAAAUACUGUUGUCAAUUGUCACAAAAAAUAAACAGAACCCCAAAAGAUAUGAGUGUUUGGCAAUAAGUGCACUUCUGACCUAACUGCACGUGAACCUGUGUGGCAAUAAGGUUGUCUUUGUUCUUUUAUUAUUCCUUUGGAUUUCUCUACAACAGUCUGCUGUUUGGAUGCAUUGUAUUUAUCUAUGGGACACUGUGCUGCUACAAAAUGUCUGCCUCUGUUCAGAAACCAAGAUGAGGUCAGAGAUGCUCUGUGAGAGCCCCGAUUGGAUGUACAUAACAUAUCCCACAUGCCUCUUAUUAGAUCUGUGCCAUGAUGUUUUUGCCUCUACAUGAUUCACCAUUGGUGUUCCCCAAGGGUGAGUGCUGGGAUCUCUGUCUCUCUAUCUCUGUCUAUCUGAUGCAUCAGGUCAAUCUUCAUCCUGUAGAGAAAUGCUGAAGUAGCCCUUUAAGCAUUUUCUUAUUAUUUCUGAUUAGGUGUGCUUCAGGAAAUGAAGAUCUUUACAUUGUGUUGAACCUUUGAGAUUGAUUGUAUGCUGUGCCAUAUAGUGAUCUUAGUGAUCCCUGAAGUUAGUGGAAAUGAAUGGACAGAGGGCGAGAAAUGGUGUAUAUAUCCAACUAUUGAUAUAGGACCUUAAUUUGAUCGCCCCGUUGCAGGAAAACAUGCCUGUAAAUCAGCAGGACAUGUUAAACUUGUGUAUUUGAGGUUUAAAAAGACUUCUGAAGUUUGCAAUUUUCACUUACAAAAAAUGUAACAACCCCUACAAAAAUGUCCAUUAUUUAUAAUCCACGUAAUAACUCACAUUUCCUGUUGCUGCAGGAUUAUUUUCCUGCUGUAGCGAACUGUUCAAAUUUUAAGAUCCUACAUCUUGUAUAUCUGGCUAGAAGCUCUGUCCUGCACAGUUGGUCAGCAAAAAUAGUUUGAACAAAAAGGAAAUGAAAGCUAUCCCUAAUAUGUUAAGAGAAUAACAGAUAUCGCUGCUAUGACACAUGUUGAACAAAUGGAAGGGGAAAAAAAGCAGAAACGUCAUCAUGCUGAAUUAGGUCCCUGUGCGUGUACAUAAUGCUAGAUCUUAGAGCUUGUGUUUGUGGCAAGGUCAACUCCAUUCUCUGGGACAUAACAACAACACUCAAACAACAGCAGUUCAGCUGACUACUUCACUAUCUAUGCCUCCGUUGUCUACACUGGGCCAACGUUCAUUCUGUGUCCGGACACAUUUCUGUCUUAAAAUCACCAGCAGCCUUUCUUUUCGUUUCUAAAAUCAAAGGUGACUUAUUCUUACAUUAAGUGUAAAAAAAACAUGACAUAUCCAGGUAUUCCCCUCUCAGUGAUAUGCAGGUAAUUUUUCCUGGCCAUACCAGCUUACAAGUUAACAGAAACAACGACAACAACCAUACCGUUACACCUCUGGUUUUAUCAUAAAAAUAGGGCGACAGUCGCGGCUUUCGGGGUGGUCUAGAGUGGAAAAGUGGGGUUUUAGGUCUCGAAGCGCAUUUAGUUUGCCCAGUGCUCUCUUGAGGUGCUACCAGUGUCCUUUUCAAUACCGCCCACCCCCCCAAAAAAAUAUUUUCUGUGCCUCCUUUCUGCUCAUCUAUUUCCACCCAAACACAGAAAGGAGAGACAAGCCAGGAUGUCCCAGGCAGCAGACUGCCAGCGGCCAUCUUUGUUGCACCAGUUAUGAGGGUUGAAAGGGUGGGUGUUUGCUGUAUGUGCCCUUUUUGUGACCCAAACCCAUAUGAUCUGGUAAUUUUAUCACUGGCAGACGAAUGGUGUAGAGGGCACUGCUGGAUAUGCAGUCUGCCCAGACAGAAACUGACAAACAGUACUGUUGCUCCAAGCAAGGAGCAACACUAAUGGUUGCUAUUUUGUUUUGAUUUAAUUAGUUUUAAAUUAAUUAUUUGAUUUAUUGUGUGAUCUUAUUGAGGCCAGGGAGCUAUGCAAAUGGUGACCCCCCCCCCAAAAAUGGCUCUACCUUUCCCGAGAGAGGCCGCAAACCGGAGCACAAUUUGCAUAAUUCCUUCAAAGGUCAUGCAUAUGCCCAGUUGGCAUGCAAAACCACAACACACGGGUUCCUCUUAUAGUUAUGCAAAUUUUUUGGUCAACGUGGUCCCUUUCUUUGCUUUCCAUUUUUCGCUCCUGUCCUGUUUGGGCACCAUUUUACUGGUCUCUAUCUAUGCUACUAUCUGGACCUUUUUUGCAGUACUGUGGCUCAGUUGUGUCAGAAAGCACAGGCAUCAUCAUUCUGGAGACAUUUUUAGACUGCCAAUUAAUGCCCAAGGGAAAGAAACAAUGGUUUGGGUCACAAAAGGGUCCUGCUUGCUAAAUAAAAAGCCAAUAGUGGUGCUCUCCACGGGUUCUAUGUGGCUGCUGUAGUGAGACCGUUGUGUAAAAGAAAGCUUUAUCGUGUUUUAUUUGGUGCCUAAGUUAGACUAUUCUCCUGUCAUUUUUCCACCUAGAAUGACGAGCUGCAUGUGAUUGUGUUCCAAUGUAUGCAUCACUUGAUUUAUAAAUAAACAAAAAAAGCAGAAAAAAAUAUGAAGUGUAAUUAACAGGAUAUUAGGUCAUUCAAAUCUAAAGAAAAUACCUCCUGAAGACCAAUGUGUUUUUACCUCAAUGUAUAUAUUCGAUUUGUUUACGCCUAGUUUGAAUUUUUUUGUUUCUAUGAAAUGCUAAUUUGAAGAAUACACAUUUGUCAAUGGUACUUUUUUUGUCAAUGGUAUUGUGUUUUGUGGUGUUCAGUAUAUUCCUCUAUUUACCAUUAUCACUUAUUGACUUCUGUUCUGUCUCAAAUGUAAAUGCUUUACCAACGUCAAAACCUUAGUCUUUUCCAAGCCCCUCUGAGCUGUGUUUAAAAAUGUCUUGUUCUUUUGUGGUCAAAAAGGAGGCUGCAAGGAGUGACCGGUUUCAGAAUCGCCUGUGCCCCCUUCUGAUUAUUUCUAAUGCAUAUGUAUUGACUUUUUUUUAAAUAGUGUACACCGAAGAAUGAACGAUCAACAUAGGAUAGCUUAUGUUAAGUUCUAACAUAGUUGGAGUACAAAGUGGUGUGAAUAAAAUACAUUUCUGUAAGACCA